CUGAGAGUGGCCCGAGAAGGUAUAGCGCAGCGGGGGACUCGAUGAUGGCUCACUAGAGUUCUCAGUCAGACGUUUGAAGAUGAUCACCGUGGAGUUUUAGCCGAUCAAGGUCCACGGUUUUUAGAAACACCCGCUAUAUGAACGCGCGUGCCCUAAGUUGUCGUCUAUCGACCGACGUGCGUAACUAUCUAACCAGCGCCCGUCUGACAUGGCGCCCAUGUAACUGAAAUCCAAAAUCGUUCCGUGUUGCAAUUGAAGAAAUAACAGACAUCACGUUUGAGAAGUGACAAUGGCGAUGUCAAAUCUUUAUUCGAAAAUAUCAACGAAACCGAUGAAACGCUUCCAGGAGAACGUCACAGUUAAGCAGACUAAUCCAUGGUUAAACGCGGAAUCACCGAUCACUGUAUCAGAUUCACCACCAACAAUAAGUCCACUAACUUCUUCAAUUGUACUACAGCGUGAGGGAACAAUAAACCAACCCCUUAGCGCACCUGCUUCACCUUUGUCUUCCUUGUCACCUCUUAUAACACAGUUAAACUUAUCAUCACCAGAAGACUGUACACAAGAUCCUAAUUGGCAAGCAACAAAAUCUACAGUACGCGAACGGAAUGCUGCCAUGUUUAAUAACCAUCUGAUGGCAGAUAUUAUAUUUAUUGUUGGCAGUCCAGGUCACACUCAAACUAUACCAGCACACAAGUACGUUUUAGCUACUGGUAGUUCUGUAUUUUAUGCAAUGUUUUACGGUGGGUUAGCAGAAAAUAAGAGAGAUAUAGAAGUACCUGACGUAGAUCCAGCUGCCUUUCUUGCUCUAUUAAGGUACAUGUAUUGCGACGAAGUACAAUUAGAAGCCGAUACAGUUUUAGCAACGCUUUAUGUCGCUAAAAAAUACAUAGUCCCUCACCUAGCAAGAGCAUGCGUUAACUAUUUGGAAACAAGUUUGACAGCAAAGAAUGCAUGUUUACUUUUGAGUCAGUCACGUCUAUUCGAAGAACCAGACCUUAUGCAGCGUUGCUGGGAAGUAAUAGAUGCUCAAGCAGAAAUGGCACUAAGAUCAGAUGGCUUUGUGGAUAUUGAUAUUCAUACUCUCGAAUCGGUACUUUCUCGUGAAACAUUAAACUGUAAAGAAAUACAUAUAUGGGAUGCUGCAUUGCGAUGGGCAACCGCUGAAUGCAUUAAACAAGAACUUGAACCAUCGGCAGCGAAUCAAAGACGGCUAUUGGGAUCUGCUUUGUAUUUAAUUAGACUUCCCGCCAUGAAUUUGGAAGAAUUUGCCAAUAGUGCUGCACAAACUGGAAUCUUAACGCAACAAGAAACAAUCGAUGUCUUUUUGCAUUUUACUGCCAGCAAUAAACCUCAACUUUGCUUUCCUAUCAAACCUCGUCAAGGCUUAAAAACUCAGGUGUGUCAUAGGUUUCAGUCGUGCGCAUAUAGAUCAAAUCAAUGGCGCUAUAGAGGCAGGUGUGAUUCAAUUCAAUUUAGUGUUGACAAAAGAAUUUUUGUUGUCGGUUUUGGACUUUAUGGGAGCUCAUCUGGUGCUGCAGAUUAUAAUGUUAGAAUUGAACUAAAAAGAUUGGGGUGUGUUUUAUCCGAAAAUAGCACUAAAUUUUUCUCAGAUGGUUCAAGUAGUACGUUUCACGUAUAUUUUGAGAAUCCAAUUCAAAUCGAACCAGAAUGCUUUUAUACAGCUAGCGUAAUAUUAGACGGGGGCGAGUUAAGUUACUUUGGCCAAGAAGGCAUGUCAGAAAUAACAGUUGGUAAUGUGAAUUUUCAAUUUCAAUGCAGUUCCGAAAGUACGAAUGGCACAGGUGUGCAAGGGGGACAAAUACCCGAACUAAUUUUCUAUGGACCGCCAGUAGAUGACUGACGGAAGUUUACCACGGAGAUAAUGGUUUAACUAGGUUUCUAAAAAAAAUGUACCUUAAAAUUAUUCGAGGUUUUAUGCAAUUCUUGUUUUGAUUCUAUUUUUAAAUCAGUGACAAAAGUUGUGUAAUAGAUGCACUCUAAAUUUUUAAAUAUUACGUUUUAAAUUUUCCAUAAUAUUAUCAUUGAAUACCUUGUACAAAACAAUAACAUUGAUAACUUACUCCAAUUUACUUUUUCCUUAAAUCAUAAUUUUAUUCAUUUCCGUUCUAUCUAUCUUCUUUAUUAAUCCAAUUCAUUUUUUAUGUUUUAAUUACAUGGAGAGGAUAAUGAGAACAUUGUCAAUUUAUAUUUUGUUAUCAAUGUAAAGAAAGUAUAAUGAUACAAUUACACUUUAAUCCGAAGCUAAUGCCAAAUUCUGAACUCCGUAAGAAAUUCAAUACACGUCGAAAUAAUUUCAUAAAAGAAUAUAUUUUCUUGAAAUAAAAUUUUUACAAUUUUAUAAAUGCACAAAAAGAUAGUUGCUUUUUAUACUAUUAUAUUUUAUAACAUAAUCAUAUGACAAUUAUAAAUGAUUAUCAUGUAUUUUGGAAUAAUUCGCUAUUAUUAAUAUUGUUUUUAUUAAAAAAUAUGGGAAUAUAAAUUCUAUAAUUUAAAUUUAAACUAAGGCUUGUGUAAAGGAGUGACAGUUUUCUAAACAGAGUGCAUCUAUAACCAGCUUCAGUAUACUCAAGUCGUUAUUAAAUUUUGUUUGAAUGGAAACUCAGUGAAAAGUUUUUUUUACAUAACUUGGAUAUUUAAAUAAUCAUUUGUAAAUAUGCAAAAGUCAGAGUAUAUAAAAAUAUCUGUUAAACAACUUUAAGAAGGCAGAAUGUAAAAAUGUUCUUUAAAUUAAUAGAGAAUGAUUGAGAAAGUUUAGAAGUGCUAUUCAAAACACUUUACUGUCUUUGAAAUUAUUGUUAAAUAGUAUAUUUAUCGCAGCUUAUUUAGUUUCCAAUUACCAAA